AUGUUGGUUUAUUAUGUUUUACCAAAACGUCAAAAGGAGGAACGUGAUAUAGUCAACAAAAGGUUGCUCUAUCAGUUUUUAUUCCUUUAUUCCAAGACUAGUUUCCUUCUUGGACAGACUGUUCUAAUCCGUAACCAAGAAAAUAAUUUUCUUUCCGUCUAUGGUUCCUCGUCAACUCGUGUCAGGAACUAUGAUGUCUUCCUCAGCUUCCGAGGGGAAGACACUCGGCGCACCACCGUCAGCUUUUUGUACGAAGCUCUUUGUCGCGAGGGUAUCUAUACUUUUAGAGAUGAUCGGAUGCUGGAGGCAGGUGAUAACAUUUCAGAACAACUCAUCGAAGCCAUAAAAACUUCGUGGUUCGCUGUUGUAGUCAUCUCAAAGAACUAUGCUACCUCGAAAUGGUGCUUGGAGGAGCUUCGCUUGAUAAUGGAGCUUCACAGUGCCAAUCAUAUUCAAGUGGUUCCCAUUUUCUAUGGAGUCGAACCUACGGACGUGAGAAACCAGACAGGAAGCUUCGCGGCUGCGUUUCAAAAUUUCGAAGAUCUAGAUACGGUGCCGGAGAGGGUUUCCCAAUGGAGAAGAGCUCUCAACCAAGUUAGUCAUCUCUCAGGCUUUCAUUCCACCACAUGGCUGGACGAGGCAGCAAUGGUAGCAAAGACAGUUCAAAGUGUCUCAAGAGGACUGUUGACGAUGAGGCCGACCAUUGGGGUCGAUUUAGUUGGAAUGGAAGCACACAUGGUGAAGAUGCAUUUCCUUUUGAAUAUGGGGUCUAAAAAUGAGGUUCUCAUGAUAGGAAUAUGGGGCAUGGGAGGCGUAGGCAAAACCACCAUUGCCAAGUGUGUCUAUGAACGAUUUUCAAGUCAGUUUCCAGCUCAUUAUUUCAUAGAAGACAUUAAGAAGAUUUAUAAGGACAAGAGUCCAUCCUACUUACAGGAAAGUUUCCUCUACAAAAUCACUGGUCAACAUAUUGACUUUCAAAGGGUUGUAGCAGGAUCUCAGGUAAUAAAGGCAAGACUCCAGCACCAAAAAGUACUUGUGGUGCUUGAUGGUGUGGAUAAAGCGGAGCAGAUGCAUGCACUGGCACAAGACACGAGCUGGUUUGGUCGAGGGAGCCGAAUCAUCAUAACCACACAGGACAGGGGUCUUCUCACUUCCUGUGGAGUAAACCAUAUACAUGAGGUUAAUUGCUUGGAAGAUAAAGAUGCCCUCCAAGUAUUUAAAAAAUCAGUGUUCGGAGGAAGAAGGCCUCCUUCUGACAAAUUUGAGAAACUCUUCAUCAGAGCUUCUCGGUUAGCUCAUGGCCUUCCAUCUGCCCUUGUGGCCUACGCCUCACAUCUUAGUGAAAACACUACCAUAGAGAGGUGGGAAGAUGAAUUACGUCUUCUUGAAACAUCGCCUCAUAAGAAUGUUGAGGAGAUCCUGAGAAAUAGCUAUGAUGGUUUAGAUAACAAAGACAAGAUUGCUUUCCUUCAUGUUGCGUGUCUCCUUAACGGAUACCCUUUCAACCAUGUCACCUCUCUUCUUGAUGACGGUUGUCCUCGGAUGAAUCAUUUAUGUAAAAAGUCCCUGAUCAGCAUAUCGACAGAUGGAUGCAUAAACAUGCAUUUUUUGGUCGUACAAACAGGCAAGGAAAUUGUGCGCCAAGAAUGUAAGAAUAGACCUUUCAGACAAAGGUUCCUAUGGGAUGCUGAUGACAUCUAUAAUGUCCUGGAUAACAAAAUAGGUACAGACGAAACUGAAGGGUUGAUACUAGAGAUGUGUAAGAUGUGUGAUACGUUAACUAUGAGCGAUACGGUAUUUGAAGUUAUGCAUAGUAUCAAGUUUCUCAAGUUCUUCCUCCACUUGAGUGAUAUAAAGCCCAACUUGCAGCUCAAGUCAGAUGGAUUUUAUUUCCCCCCAAAUCUUAGGCUACUACACUGGGAUGCAUAUCCACUGAAAACCUUACCAUCCAAGUUCAGACUCCAUCACCUUGUUGAAGUCGAUCUCCGAUACAGCAAACUCGAGAGCCUUUGGGAUGACACAUCGAUCCUUCGUAAUCUACAUAGGCUAGAUGUGACAGGCUCGAAGAAUCUUAUACAACUUCCAAAUCUGUCAACAGCCAAGAACUUUGAGGAGUUGAUAGUCGAAGGGUGCAAGAGUCUACAGCAAGUUCCAGAGUCACUAAAGGGGUUGCUUAAGCUCAAAAAACUCAACGCAAGCCACUGCGAUAGCCUUAAAAGUAUCUUGUCCAAUGUUGAAUCCAUCACGUCUGAGUACACCUGGCAAGUUUUACUAAGUUUUCCGUAUGAGAAAUCGAGCAUGGUUUAUCUGAAAGAUUUAUCCAUCGACGGUCAAAUACACGUAAAAUUAUUGGGCCUUAAUGGAUGUGCGGAGCAUAUCUCCUUUAGGUCCAAACAACCGAUCCCUGAUGAAUUGUUGAUGAUGGAAGAGAGCACAUCCCAUCAGCUCAUGUCAGAUUCCAAGGGCUUACAUUCACUCAACAUCAUGAAUUUCAGGUACAGAGAGUCUAGUGUUCCCUUCGCCUGUAUAAGCUUUCGAUGCUUUAGGAGUGUAAAAGAGCUAAAGCUUGUCAACUUGAACAUUGAAGAAAUCCCAGACGGCAUUUUUUCCUGUCAAAACCUAGAGAAACUGGACCUCAGUGGAAAUGAUUUUGUGUCCCUACCCAACGCCAUUGGGGACGACCUGCGCAACUUGAAGUAUCUCAGCCUUCAUAACUGCCGCAGAAUCAAAUCACUGCCACGACUUUCACAGGUGAAGACGCUCAUACUUUCUGAAUGCGUGAACCUCCGAUCGUUUAUGAAAAUUCAUCCACGGGAAACGUACUGCUUGCUUGAGCUUUGGCUUGAUAACUGCAAGCAUGUCCGAUCACUGUCAGAAUCACUAAGUGUGUUCACCACGUUAACAUACUUAGACCUCAGCAGGCAUGACUUUGUGAGACUGCCUCAAAGUAUCAGGGAGUUUUCAUCCUUGGCAACUCUCUACCUCAAUUACUGCAAGAAACUCAAGUCAGUGGAGGAGCUUCCACAAAGCCUCAAGUAUCUCUAUGCACACGGUUGCGAUUCCCUCGAGAAGGUUUCCCUUUCUCCAAAUCACUCCAUCAAACACCUUGAUCUUAUCCACUGCCCCCGCCUGAAUCAAGAAGAACACAAGCAUUUAAUGGAUCUGUUUAUACAUGAUGGACAGAGUCAAGAGGGUUCACGGCGAUGUGCUUGCAUACCUGAAACUGGAGUAUCCAAUGACUCUGCUAAUGAAACCAAUCAGACAUCCAAGAAACUUGGCCGGACUAGAAAAUUAUUUCGGUCUCUCAAAUCAGUGUUUAGUUGAUGGUGUGUCACAAAAAAAAAUCAUUCAAUCAAACACCUCGACCUUAUCCAGUUCUUCAGUCUGCAACAAGCCGAAAUAACAGGAUGAUUUGCGAUAACCAUAGCGGUUAGACUGUGGUGUGUGGAAUUUAUUUUCAGGUUGGGAACUAUAUUAUACCAAUCAUCGGUCUAUUUGUAUAUUUUUCGGUUUGCUUGUAUUUUCGUAUCAAACCAAACUUAACCAGCGGCGGGAGACAUUCCAAAACAUUGGUAAAUCACUAGCCAGAGUUUAAACUUAUGACUUUUAACCUCGUGAUCGAGUGGUUAAAUUUUUUUAAAAAAUUACAUUAA